GACAUUAGAGCACUUUUUCCUUCUGACUACAACCCAUUCUAUGCGGGCUUUGGGAACAGAGACACUGAUGAGCUUAGUUACAGAAAAAUUGGAAUUCCAAAAGGAAAAAUAUUUAUCAUUAAUCCAAAGGGGGAAGUGGCUAUCAACCACUGCAUCGAUGUGAAAUCUUAUACCUCCUUGCAUACACUGGUCAAUGACAUGUUCCCACCGACAUCAUUGGUUGAGCAGGAGGAUUUCAACUCUUGGAAUUACUGGAAAAUGCCAUUGCCUGACAUUGAAUGCUAGGAUUAACCCUCAGAACACAGUAUCAAAAUUUAGAUCACAGAAUUAUUAUGACUUACGUGGUGAUCAUUUGUUCCAUCUACUGCAGCUGCCCAAGUCAGUUGAUCUAUGCUAGUUCUAUCAAAGGAUUCAUUUGUAAAUUGUUGAUUUUUAAUGAGGGGGCAUUACAAAGGUUGGUGGAUUCAGAGUUGCAUCCGGUCACAUGAAGAAAGGUGGUCAGGUGUAAAGUAAUGGUUAUCCUUUCCAAUGCCCUUUGCGUUGCAUUCCCUCCUCACUUGUCCUAUGUGGCUUCAAUAAUUUGGCUACAUUACCUGCCAAUAAUAUGCAACCUGUUACGUGGUAAGCAGAAAACAACGUCCAGUUUUAGUUUGGUGAAAAAGGCCCAUGGUUCAUUGGGCACAGGUUGAGAUACUUUUUUGCAACAUCCGAUGCUACAUGUUCUGAGGCAAGGUUUCUAGCCAUUCUUGGAGAGCAAGGGGGUGUUGAUCAACAGUCCAAAGCAAAUCCCAGCAGAUGCUUUAAAUCCAUAGAAGGCUGACAUCUAACUUGAAUGAUGCAUAGUAGUAAGUUUUUCCACCUCUUUUUUUUUUUGAUGUAUUUGCACCCAUUGUUGCUUGAACUGUUAGCUUCACUCAUUGGAGUCACAUAAAUGAAAUCCAAGUAUUGAAUGGACUCUUGCCGUUCUUCUAA